AUGGAGAAACUUGUGGCUUUGACGAACGAAGAGUUAAAGGUAAGAAACAAACUUCAUCAUAUUCAUGACGAUCUUGCUUUGUCCAUUCUAUCAAAACUACCUCUCAAAUCUAUUAAGCGUUUUGAAUGUGUAAACAAAUCAUGGUCAAUUUUAUUUGAAAAUCAUAAUUUCAUGAAAAUGUUCCGCAACCAUUUCUUAUAUAAUAAUGAUUAUGAUUACGGUGAUGCCUUUAUCCUACUACAAGAGUUGCCUGUGACAGGUGAUCCACAUUACGUUUGGUCAUUCUAUUUGCUCUCUGGUGAAAGUCAGUUUCAUAAUAAGAUCAAGUUAGAUUUGCCAUUUUCAAUUGAUGAUUCUAGAACUGGUAUUUUUAUUUUAGGUUUCAACAGUAUUAAUGGUAUUAUAUGUAUUUGUCGACAAACUCCAACUAACCUCCGAAUUGUAUUAUGGAACCCGACUACUGCUGAGUUCUUUGUCAUUCCUCCUAGCCCUGAAGAAUGUGUACCACAUCGGGGCUGUUAUUUUGAAUUUCUUGGGUUUGGUUAUGACCAUAUUAGAGAUGACUAUAAAGUCAUUCGACAUAUAACGUUUCACCACAUCAUUAACAAUGAAGAAGAUGUGUCAUUGAAAGAUAGAUGGGUUGACACCGUGUUAGAGGUUUAUAGUGUUAGUAGUAACUCUUGGAGAAUACUUGAUAUCGACAUGCCUUAUCACCAAAAUGAUGACUUCUUACUUGGUGCCGGAGUGCACAUCAAUGCAAUGUGUCAUUGGUGGGGUGUAACACAUUCAUUUGUGGAUGAAUGUUUGGUAUCGUUUGACUUGAUCAACGAGGCGUUGGUUACAACUCCUGCGUCGUUAGACAUGUAUGAAGGUUGUGAACUUGGACAUAUGGUGAGAUACUUGGUGGUGUUAAAUGAGUCAAUUUCUUUGAUCUCAAAUUAUCCUGAGACCACUACCUAUUACAUUUCAAUUUUGGGUGAACUUGGUGUGGAGAAAUCAUGGGUUAAACUCUUCAUGGUUGAGUCUAUACCUUUCAUUGAUUAUCCGGUUGGAGUUGGGAAGAAGGGCAACAUUUGCUUCAAUAAAUUUCUUGAUGAGCUACUCUGGAUUGAUUUAAGCACCCAUAUAAUUGAUGAAGUUGGUCUUAAUGGACAGAGUAGUAAGAUAGGAAUUUACAAGGAAAGCCUUUUUUCGAUUAGAGGAAUUAAUAAUUAGUUUGCCAUUGAACUUGCAAACUCACUUGAAAAGAAUACAAGAACAAAAAAUAGAAUUUUAAAUGUACCAAUCAUGGUGUGCAUAUAUCUGAAACCAAAUGAGACUUGUUUAAAUUAUUGACUCUUAAAAGUUUUAAGUUAAAAUAAUAAUAUGAUAUUAUAGAAUAUUGAUGUAAAGUAGGUGGUUUAUGAGGGAUAUAUAUGUCUAGUAGGAUUAUUAGUGUAAUAAUCAACCAUUCCUCUUCAUUGUAAACUCUACUCUUAUUUGGGCAGACUA